AUGGAAGCUUUGCUGGUCAUCCUUGGACUGGGCCUUGUUGGCACCUCUGACAUUCCACCCUUGAUCCCCUUGGAACCAUACUUUAAGUCUGAAAGGAUUGAGGGGACCUGGUACCGCAUUGCAAUGGUAGUCAGUGGAACAGAGCAGAAGGUCCUUGCUGGAGACAUCCACAUUUCGCCCCGGCAGCAAGGGAAUCUCGCACUCCAAAGGAACAUCCAAAAAGGAUCAACGUGUACAGAUAUCAAUUUCCAGUUGAAACAUGCUGGUGAAAAAGGUGCAGAUACAGAAACCACCAUCUACGUCGUGGACACAGAUUAUGAACAGUACCUAAUUCUGUAUAUUGUGACACCAGCUGACAGAGCCCUGUAUCUUUUUGGCAGCGAAGAACAGGUGCCCAACAGCAUCAGGGAAUACUUCAAGGAGGACGUAGAGUAUCUGAGAUUCUCUCUGACUGACAUCACGUUUCCAGGCAGAGAUGAGAAAUGCCCACUGUCUGUAAAAGAGGAAAAUGCUGAGACAAUGAUCUUCUUCCUUCCAGAGGCAGAGAGGCCGUCUGCAUAA